AUGUUUGCCGGAAAAGCGUACCUAUGGGCUUGCGCUUUGGUUGCAUUUGCGUCUUCCAGCUUCGUCGUCGAUGCUCAGUCGACGUACGACGUCAUCGUCGUGGGCAGUGGACCUGGUGGUCUUGUUGCAGCUGAGUAUUUGUCGCGCGACCCAAGUGUCUCCGUGCUGAUCAUCGAAGCCGGGCCCAAGUCUCUCGCGGCUACCGGGGGAUCAACUGUCCCAGACUAUGCUAAAGCCCAGGGUCUCACCACCUUUGACAUUCCUGGAGAGUACGAAAGCAUAGCUUGGAACUCGCAGUUCUCGCAAUUUCGCGUGGAUUGGCUUUCCGGUUCCAUGUGGCUUGGCAAGCUCGUCGGCGGUUGCUCGUCUAUCAAUGCUGCGCUGUACUUCCGUCCUCCGAACGACUACGUGACGAACAUGCAAUGGCCUUUUUCGGCGGCCUCCAUGAUCGCCAAGAUGGACGAGAACGAAAAGACCCAUGGAGUCACGGACAAACCUUCGACGGACGGCGUGUGGUACACGCAGGAGGGCUACAAGGUCGUCGCAAAGGCAUUCCUAGGUCAAGGCUACUCGGAGAGGACUCUCAAUGACGCCGCGGCUCGCAAUAACAAGAGCAAGACUUUCGGUCACGCUCCUUUCACUUUCAAGAAUGGUCGUCGUGACUCCCCUGCUAACGCGUUCUGGGGCAAGAUGAAGACGCGCACAAACGUAAAGCUCCUUACGAACACCAAGGUCGACUAUGUGCUGCACUCGGCUGGUAAGGCAACGGGUGUGAUGUAUGGUGGUACCAAGGCUCAACUCUCGUCGCGAGGUACGAUUAUCAUGGCUGCCGGUGCGUUGAGUACACCUAUGGUACUUAUCCAGAGUGGCAUCGGUCCUGCUGACCAGCUCAACAUGCUAAAGGGCAACGCCAAGUUCCCGGGUCUUUCGCAGGGCGACUUUAUCAUCAACCCCUACGUUGGUCGCAACCUGUUCGACACGAGCAUGGUCAUCGCUUCGUUCUCGCACCCUGAGAUGAAGAGCUUCCGCUACCGUGACUACCCGUCGUGGGCUCUCGACCUAUACAUCAACAAGAACGGAUCGGGUCCCUGGAGCAGUUCUGGCCCAGUUCUUAUCGGCUAUGAGAACUUCGAGGUGCAGGGCCGCCAGUACGAGUUCCAGACCACGGUUCUUCCUCAUGGUUUUGGUGAGUUCGCCAAGUUAGACAAUGCGCUGUCGAUACCGUUGUACAUUAACAACCCGGAGUCCCGCGCGGCGUCCGGCUUUGACAACAAUGGCGCAUGGCAGCCUUUCAAAGAAGGCGGCGCGUACUUUGCUACAAACCGCGACCUAGUCGCGAUGCAGCAGUACGCCCAGCACGUUGUGAGUGCCAUGAAGGCACAAGGCGCCGCGUUCCUUUCGGGCGCUUCGGACCCGAACGGUGUGGCCAAUUGGGUAUCGGCUAACCGCGGAAUGGCGGCGCAGCAUUUUGGUGGAAGCUGCUACGCCUCAAGCGACGCGUCUGCGGGAUCGAAGCGCUGUGCUGACAACAAGUUGCGUGUGCUGGGCACGAGCAACAUUUUUGUUGCGGAUGCCAGUGCUAUGCGCGACGGCACCGUGAACCCGUACGGCUUCAUCAUGUACACCGGCCGUGAGGCUGCCGGUCAGGCUGCCAGCUACAUUUCCACUGGUGGAGCCGGUAGUGCAUGGGCAAUCCAGAAAGCAGCUCAGGGUGCCACAUGCGGCAAGAUUGAGGAGAACGUCGACUAUGCUGGCAACGACGUGGGCAAUGCCAAGAGCAGCGCUGAAGGCUGUUGCGCUAUUUGCCAGACCACAGGCGGCUGUAAGGCGUUCACGUGGACGAAUUACAACGGCGGUACUUGCUGGCUCAAGAGCGCCAAGGGCGCUACAUCGACCAACUCGGGUGCACGCUCGGCGCAGCUUACCUGA